GCGCCCGCUGAGGCGACGUGUCCCCGGCCCGGCCGAUGGCCGCCGCCCGCCGCGCCCGCGCUGACCGAUGUAUUUGAAGAGGCCGGCGGGCGGCCUCGCCUUCUGCCUCUUCUACCUGGCUUCCAGCUUCACCAACAAGUAUGUCCUGUCUGUCCUGCAAUUUACCUACCCUACCCUUUUUCAGGGGUGGCAAACAUUGGUGGGUGGACUUCUGCUUCACAUCUCUUGGAAGCUGGGCUGGGUGGAGAUAAACUUGUGUUCAAGGUCUGAAAUCCUGUCAUGGCUUCCUGCAUCAGUACUUUUUGUGGGCAUUAUUUAUGCUGGCUCCAGGGCACUGUCUAGAUUGCCAAUCCCGGUGUUCCUCACAGUGCACAACGCGGCAGAAGUCAUAACCUGUGGGUUCCAGAAGUUUGUGCAGAAAGAGCAGACCUCUCAUCUGAAAGUCUGUAGUGUGCUGUUCCUCCUGGCAGCAGCAGUGUGCCUUCCUUUGUGUGACACACAGUUUGAUCCAAACGGAUAUUUAUGGGCUCUAAUUCACUUGAUCUGUGUUGGGGCUUACAAAGUAUUUCACAAGUUGUGGAAACCUGGAUCUUUAAGUGACCUGGACCAACAGUACAUCAACUAUGUAUUCAGUGUGGUGCUGUUGGCCUCUGCAUCCCAUCCAGCAGGUGAUCUCUUCAGUGCCUUGGAUUUUCCAUUCCUGUACUUCUACAGGUUUCAUAGCAGCUGCUGUGCCAGUGGACUGUUGGGAUUCUUUCUGAUGUUGCAUACAGUGAAGCUAAAAAGCAGCACAACCUCAGGGCAAUAUGCAGCCUGGAGUUUCCUUGCAAAGGUUAUCACUGCUAGCUUAUCACCAUUCUUCUUUGUCAUGACUGCCAAUGUACUAACAAUUUCUUGCCUUGUGGUCGGUGGAGUUGGAGAAGCAUUGCUUGUUUACACUGAAAGGACAGGCACAUAAAGAGGAACCAUAUCUCACCAGUUGGAACAGAGCUGACUCGCAGCCUAGAGACACUAUAAUGAAAAAAGCAGCAGCAGGAAUGAAGAAGUGCAACGAAACAUGAGGAAAGGGAUCUAUUGUUUUUUUUUUAAUUAAGAAAAGAACCUAUGCUAUUAAUAGUGCUGGUAAGGGAGCAGCAUAUUUGGCAGAGAUGGUAAGGAGCUUUUGCCUCAAAGCACAAGACCAACUAUAUCAGAUUGAUGUGGUAAAGAAAGAACUGCACUGUAUCAUGCUGAUGGCUCUGUGUGAGCACCACUCAGUAGCAGCUUCUAGCACAGGGAGCUAAACUCAGGAAAAGCAGCAUUCCCCACUGGAUGCCCCCAGUGGCUUUUUUUUUGUUUGAAGCAGACAGCAGGUCAUACCAAAUGAUGUAUAAAUUCAGGAUCUGGAAGGAUGGAUUUUGCCUCCAACUGUUCUGUAAGCAGCAAGCUGCCACACACAGGUCUCUAGUCAUGUUGUCUGAACUGGCACAGGGACUGAGGCCAAAGGGCUUGUGGAGAUAAUCCCCUUCUGGAACUGUGGCAGUUUGACAGCCUUUCAGAAAGGGAAAAUCAGCAAUAAAUCUCAAUAUCUGUAGUGAUUGCUCUUUGUGA